CUCCAACCACACAACCACACCCAUCACCAUCACCCAAUACAAUACAAUCAACAUGCCCAGAGCCACCCGCACCCCAGUCCGCGCCCUGAAUGCGCCCGCGCCGGCUCCCUUCCUGUCCCAGGCUAUCGUAGUCGGCGACUUGAUCUUCUGCUCCGGCCAGCUCGGCAUGAACCCCACCACCAACCAGAUGGUCGAGGGCUCCAUUAAGGAGAGAACUAAGCAAAUCAUGCUCAACCUGAGCGCCGUGCUCGAAGCCGGUGGCUCGAGCCUCCGCGACGCGGUCAAGAUGAACAUCUAUCUGGCCGAUAUGGAUGACUUUGGGGCUGUCAAUGAGGUCUAUGAUUCUUUCUUUGAGGGUGCCAAACCUGCCCGGACGUGCGUGGCCGUCAAGACGCUGCCCAAGGGGUCGGACGUCGAGAUUGAGUGCACCGGUGUGGUGACUGGUGUGCCCAAGGGGGCUUCUCGUCUUUAGAUUUCUUGUCUGAGACGUUUUUUCCCAUGAAGGGGUAGUGGGGUGUUUUGGUGGGGUUAAAUAGCUGUCUCUAGCGCGGGAGACCAUUCAAUCCAUCU